AUAUGCCUGGCAUUUUAAGAAGUUAGGAAUGGAAUGGUUCUAUAUAGAACUCAUGGUUCUAAAUAGAGCUAUUCCCUUUACUAAAGAACACUUGAAGAAUCAUCUUUUUAAAUAGUGCUAACUAUGAAGCUGGGAAUGGGAAAAAAUGUGGUCUGAAAAGGUAGCUGUUGUGUUUCUACCUUCAUUACCCUGCUGAAAAAAAAAACAGAAACCAUUACGUGUUUCUGUUGAUUUUGCAAUGUGAUUUGGCUUCUUAAUGGGUUGAUAUCACAGUGUAAAGGAUUCUAAUGGUUUCUAUUGGUUCCUUUUCAGCAGGGUAGGUCCUCAGAAUGUUGCGAAACUCUUCACAAACAUGAUCUCAUUAAUUGUGUCAGUACGUGAGGACCCUUACUGGCUACAUGAAGUAGGCGUUUCCAGUCAGGUACACACAGUCCCUCCAAUGACCCCUCGAAGUCAAGAGUACGGUACAGCGUAAUGACAUGUAGGUUUUCUUAUCACACUAGACUCUAGGUACUCUGAAUUAGCCUACCUUUCAGUAACGAGUCCAAAAACAGCCAUUUUCUUCGGCUACCGUGCUGCAAGAUGAGGAGAAGAGCGGAUGGAGCGGUUGGGUCUGAACGGACUGAGAAGAAACCGGCAAAUGGCAAAAAGGCUGUGGGAGCGCGAGCGAGGUCUUCAUGGAGAGUGUGGCUGAAAUGGACAUUUCUAGCCCUCUGUGUCCUGUAUUUGGUCACUCCGUUUCUGCUAAGGCUCUUUCCUGGCAUUGUACAGCACCUGGUUUAUUCACGUGCAAUCCUGUACUUCGUCGACUUGAGCCGUCCCGCUGACCUCGGUCUAAACCACACCGUUAACAUGUACCUGACCUCUGAAGAGGAUGUGACACUAGGAGUGUGGCACACUGUCCCUGAGCAAAAGUGGAAGGAGGCCCAAGGGAAGGGGCUGGACUGGUACGAGAAGUCUUUGAGUGAUGGAUCACCUGUUUUCAUCUAUCUUCAUGGCAAUACAAAUAACAGAGCAGCCCCCCAUCGAAUAGCAGUUGCAAAUAUUUUAAGUUCUCUUGGCUAUCAUGCAGUGGUUAUGGAUUACAGAGGAUUUGGAGACUCCACUGGUGAGCCCACAGAGCCUGGGCUGACCACUGAUGCCCUCUACCUGUACCACUGGGUAAGGGAGCGCAGUAAGGGCAGUCCGGUGAUCAUAUGGGGACAUUCACUUGGCACUGGAGUGUCAACUAACAUUGCAGCUAAAUUACAAGAACAAGGUAACCCUGCCGAUGGAGUGAUACUGGAGGGUGCAUUCAAAACUGGAAAAGUACCACAGGGAUACCCACAUCCUUUCACCUGGUAUUAUUGGAAGUUUCCCUACAUUCAGUACUUCUUCCAGGACAGAUUAAAAAAUAAUAAAUUGACCUUUCCCAGUGAUGAAAAUUUGGAGAAAAUGAGGACGCCUCUUCUAAUCCUUCAUUCUAAAGAUGACCAUUUGGUGCCCUACCAGACAGCUGAGGAGCUCUACAGCAUAGCAAAAACCGCCAUAAAGUCAGAUGAUCGAGUCAAGCUGGUGUUGUUUGAUGGAUCUCAUGGAUAUCUUCAUAAUGGACUGUACAGGGACCCUGCUUUGCCAGGCAUCAUAAGGGAGUUUGUUGACAGCAUAAUCUAGAAGCAUCAAAAAUACUCUCUGAAGUAUUCAGACAUGCACCGAUUUAAAACUGCAGAGCGUCAUGGAUGUUUGCCUUCAACACUUCAGUUAUGCUACAAAGAUCAUUCCUCUGCUGAUGUUAGAACUGCAACUUCAGCAGCUGUUAUCCUGCAGAAUUCAUCAUUCUUUUGUGGAUUAAACGUACGCCAUAAACAGUUGAAGUGAGCAGAAGCUGAUUUGUGUUUUUGGGGUUUGAAUUGAUGCAAAUUAUUGCUUUUGUUCAUCUAAAUAAAUUUUGCUUUGUAUCAUUUCAUUCAAUGUAUUUCUUUAAUUUGAACACCUAUCAAACUGCUGGUUACCACAUAAAGUCAUUUUUAGGUUGAAUGGACAAAAACAUUUUUACAGUAUAUGAAAUGACAUGAUGAAAAUGUUUGUGAAUAUUGACUCAUUAGAAUUAUCAGAACUGAAGAUUGGUAGAUAGACAGUGGACAUGAGUGUAUUUUGUCAGUGAUUGCCAAAUGAUCAAAAAAUGAAUGAUAAGUGGUGGAUGAGCACUUAUGAUGAUGAUGAUGAGUAAUAAAAGAAAAUGAAAGUC